UUUCUUAUUGCAGCCAUAGAUAAUGUAUUAAAAUGUUUUUUUAAAACAAAAAAGAAAUGCAAAGAAAAGUAACAUUAGCUACUUGUUCGUUAGCACAAUGGUCCAUGGAUUUUGAAGGAAACCUAAGAAGAAUUCUGGAAAGUAUACGUUUGGCAAAAGAACAAGGAGCUCGUUAUCGUUUGGGUCCAGAACUGGAAAUCCCAGGUUAUGGUUGCAAUGAUCAUUUUUCAGAAAGUGAUACCUUACUUCAUUCCUGGGAAUCUUUAGCCUGUAUUCUUGAGAAUACUGUUUGUGAAAACCUUAUUGUUGAUGUUGGUAUGCCAGUGUUGUACAAUCAUGCAUUAUACAAUUGUCGAGUAAUUUUUUUAAACAAAAGAAUCAUAUUAAUUAGACCGAAAAAGACUUUGGCGAUCGAUGAGAAUUAUCGCGAGUCAAGAUGGUUUACACCAUGGAUUAAGGAUUAUGAAUAUGAAGAACUAAUGCUUCCUCCAAUCAUUACAAAGAUUACUGGGCAAGUCAAAGUUCCAUUUGGAGAAGCAAUCAUUGUAGCUAGAGAUACUGUAUUAGGGUGUGAAGUUUGCCAAGAAUUGUUUUCACCACAGUCUCCGCAUUUAAACAUGGCUCUGCAAGGUGUUGAAAUUGUAACUAACGGAAGCGCUUCAAACUUUGAAUUGCAGAAAAUGAGUAGAAGAAUAAAGCUUAUUUCUGAUGCUACUUCCAAGUUAGGUGGAGUUUAUUUAUAUUCAGCUAUCAAGGGUUGUGAUGGAGAACGAUUAUAUUAUGAUGGACCAUGUAUGAUUUUUAAAAAUGGAGAAUUAGUAGGACAAGGUAAACAGUUUUCUUUAAAUGAAGUUGAAGUAGUCUCUUCAACAAUUGAUUUAGAAGAAGUUAGCCUUUAUCGGAGAAGUUCCCAGUUUGGUACCAAAACGUCUUUAAGCCAAAAGUAUCCAAGGCUGGACAUUGAUUUUUGUCUUUGUGUUACAAACAGUUUUUUUGCUCCACUCAGUCCUGUUAUAGAUCCAGUAAUUUAUCAACCAGAAGAAGAGAUUGCGCUUGGACCAGCUUGUUGGUUGUGGGAUUAUUUAAGAAGAAGCGGAAUGGGUGGAUUUUUUUUACCACUCAGUGGUGGUGUUGACAGUUCUGCAACUGCAUGCAUUGUUGCAUCAAUGUGUAGACUUGUUUGUGAUGCUAUAAAACAGGGGAGUUUACAGACAAUAUCUGAUAUUCAAGAUAUUGUAAAAGACUCAACGUAUAUACCAACUGAUCCAAAAGAGUUAUGUAAUAGGAUAUUUGUGACUUGUUAUAUGGGUACAGAAAAUUCAUCAGCACAAACAAGAGAACGAGCAAAAGCUUUAGCAAAUGAUAUUGGGAGUUAUCAUUUAGGUAUUGUUAUUGACACUGCUAUUCAAGCCAUCUUGUCAAUUUUUAGUGCUGUUACAAAAAAAACACCUCGUUUUUCAGUGUUUGGCGGCUCAAACACUGAAAAUUUAGCAUUGCAAAAUGUACAAGCACGCGUUCGCAUGGUUACAAGUUAUUUGUUUGCUCAACUUACAUUAUGGUCAAGGGGGAAGCAAGGAGGGCUUUUGGUACUAGGCUCUGCUAAUGUUGAUGAGUGUCUUCUUGGUUAUAUGACAAAGUAUGAUUGCUCGUCUGCUGAUAUUAAUCCUAUUGGAGGAAUAAGUAAAACAGACCUUAAAAAGUUUGUGUUUUACUGCGUUGAAAAGUUUAAUUUCACUUCACUAAUUGGAAUACUUGGUGCACCACCUACUGCUGAAUUGACUCCCCUUGAUGAGGGUCGUUUACAACAAACAGAUGAGGGUGACAUAGGAUUGACCUAUGAAGAAAUAUCAAUACUUGGGCGCCUACGAAAACUUCAGCGCUGUGGACCUUAUUCCAUGUUUACUAAGCUUUUAUCACAAUGGAACAUUUCACCUUCAGCAAUUGCUGAUAAAGUGAAGCUGUUUUUUACAAAAUAUGCUAUCAAUAGACAUAAAAUGACAACAAUAACUCCAAGUCUGUACGCUGUUGGAUAUUCACCUGAUGAUAAUAGGUACGAUCUUCGUCCAUUUUUAUACCGCUCAAGUUGGCCUUGGCAAUUUAAAAGUAUUGAUCGAGCUGUUAAAGCCGCUGGCCAAUCUGUCACGAAUAACAUGACAUCAUCUGCUAAUCAGCAAUCAACGUUCAAGCUGCAGUUACAAGAUGGUGAAAAUGCUUCAAUUGGAUAUCAUGACUCUGAAGAACUAAAGAUAAAAAAAGUGAAACUAGAGGAUGACCGUUAACCUUAAUAGUUUUUGUUUUUUUUUAAAUUAACUAUUAUUCA